AUGAUGAUAAUGAUGAUGAUGGUUCAUCCAGGACCUCCGAAGAAUCUGAUUGGGUAUGGCGGCCAACGAGAAAGUGUUGCUGUUAUAGCUAUUCUGACAAACAAACUAGCUAGGUGGAAUGCUGAAAAGUCCCAAAUUUCAUUUUCGUUUAAAAUGGUCCGCAUUGUCCAUUUGGGAGCAAAGCAACAUGAAACUCCUGACCUAGUUACUAAAUCGCAUUACCAAAUUUUGGAACCAAUCCUGGGAAGCAAAGAGGCUGCCCAAAAAUCUAUAGUAUACAGUUAUAGGCAUGGUUUCUCCGGGUUUGCAGCAAAACUUACCGAUGCUCAAGCAAAGAAUCUUUCAGCGCUUCCCGAGGUUCUUUGUGUUAUACCAAGUCGAACACUGAGGCUAAAAACAACAAGAACAUUCGAUUACUUGGGACUUUCGGCUACUUCUCCAAAAGGUCUUCUACCUGAAACCCGUUUGGGCAGUGAAGCUAUUAUCGGCGUCAUAGACUCAGGGAUAUGGCCAGAGUCAAAGUCAUUCAAGGACACAGGUCUAGGACCGAUCCCUCAACGUUGGAAAGGAAAAUGUGUGUCAGGGGAUGGAUUUGACGCCACGAAACAUUGCAACAAGAAGCUCAUAGGAGCUGAGUUCUAUCUUGAAGGUCUUACACAACAAAUGGAUGGAAAAUUAGAUCUCCAGGAAAACAAUGAGUAUAGGUCCCCAAGAGACGGUUCAGGCCAUGGCACACAUGUGUCCGCGAUAGCAGCUGGUUCUUACGUGGCGAACGUAAGCUACAACGGACUUGGUGGAGGAGUCGCUAGAGGCGCUGGUCCUCAUGCACGUAUAGCUAUGUACAAGAGUUGCUGGGGAAAACUUGGUUGUCGUUCACCUGAUAUACUCAAAGCAAUUGAUCAUAGCAUUCGUGAUGGUGUUGAUGUUUUAUCGAUUUCGAUUGGUGAUGACGCACCAACCGGUUUCGAGACUGAUACUACCGAUAUAGCGUUUGGUUCGUUCCAGGCGGUGAUGAAAGGUAUUCCUGUGGUCUGUGCUGCUGGAAACGAGGGACCAAACUCUCAAACUAUUGAUAAUGUUGCUCCAUGGAUCAUAACCGUAGCUGCUACCUCUUUGGACCGCUCCUUCCCAGUCCCUAUCACUCUUGGAAACAAUAUAACAAUCCUUGGUGAAGGUAUAAACGUAUUCCCAGAAGUUGGAUUUGCUAAUCUUGAAUUUCUAGAUGAUAUAAUGGAAUCCGCAAACGCACAAGGGGGAACUAAAGGGACAAUCGUGCUUGCGUUUACUACAAACAAUGAAAAGAUACAAAAGGCAAACCGUAUAUUGAAUAAUGGAUGUGCUGGCAUCAUCUACGCACAAUCUGUAGUUGAUCCUAUUCCCAAAGUAAAGAUAAGUACUUCCAAGACUCUCAUUGGUCGGCCUGUUGCAUCUAGAGUGCCUCGUUUUUCUUGUAGAGGACCUAACUCAGUUUCCCCAGCAAUUCUUAAGCCAGACAUAGCGGCACCGGGUGCUAACAUUCUUUCUGCUGUAUCUGAUGAGUAUAAGUUCAUGUCGGGAACAUCAAUGUCAACUCCUAUUGUGUCAGGAGUCGUUGGGCUAGUCAGACAAAUCCGCCCUGACUGGUCUCCUGCUGCAAUCCGAUCCGCUCUUGUCACAACAGCAUGGAGGACCGAUCCAUCUGGAGAGCCUAUAUUUUCAGAGGGAUCAACACGUAAACUUGCUGAUCCGUUUGACUAUGGAGGAGGUCUGAUCAACCCAGAGAAAGUAACAAACCCUGGACUUGUUUACGACAUGGGUCUGGAUGACUAUGUUCAUUACUUGUGUUCUGCGGAUUAUACAGAAAAUGAAGUUUCCCAACUAAUUGGCAAGCCUUAUAAAUGCCCUUCGCCACGGCCUUCUAUGCUUGACGUCAACAUGCCUUCGAUCACAAUCCCAAGUCUCACUGGAGAGGUCACCGUGACUAGAACAGUAACGAAUGUUGGACCCGCUGGUUCGGUUUACAAACCCGUGGUUGAGGCUCCUUUUGGUAUAGAGCUUGAGGUGAAUCCGAAGACUCUUGAGUUUGGUUCCAGCACAACGAAGAAUACGUUUACUGUGAGAGUGAGAUCGAAUCACAAAGUGAACGGGGACUUUUAUUUUGGAAGCUUGUGUUGGACUGAUGGAGCUCAUAACGUUACUAUUCCUGUUUCCAUCAGAACAAAGAUCUUGAGGAAUUACGUUUAUUAA